GAAGCUCCAAAUCAGACAAAUCCUCCUUGUAUAAUAGUUUCUCUCUCAUCCAUCACUUUUUCUCUCUCCUUCCAUUUCUCCCCCUCGGUGUUUCAAUUUCUACUGACUACUGCAGACGAAGAAUCCAAGUGUUUCAGCUUCUCCCUUCUUCUUCAGGUACUACUUCUACUUCCCUGUCUUGAGCAGUCGAGCUUCAUCAGAUGUACAGAAGCUGAGAACUAGUUGAAGUAACAAGCUAGCGAAAAUGACAAAGAAGCGACACCGUAUCAGAAGUUCAAUAAAGUCUUUUUUCGAAAAGCACACCGAUCCUGAAGAACAUGAGAAGCUCGAAGAAACGAGAAAAGGUAUGGAGGAGAAAAAGAAAAAAAUAUUGGACUUUGUGAAAAACAAUGAAGAAAAUGAUGAAUCAAAAAAAGGGCCUAUAGCCGAACUCAUAGAGGAUUUCCACAAACAGUAUGAAUCUCUCUUUUCUCACUAUGAUCGUAUCACUGAAAACAUGAAGGAGAAAGUUAACAGGCCGCAGCAAGAAAAAGAGAAAUUCUCAUCAUCCUCUUCAGAUUCAGAGUCACACUCUGACAAUUCUUCCAAUGGAAAAGACAGCAAAAAUGGUAAACUUGAAGAUGAACCAAAUGAAUUUCAGAAAGAGCUUGAAGCUGCAAAACUUGAAAUUGCAGAUCUCAGGAAUGAAAGAGAAGAACUUAAUUCAAAAUUAGAGAACUCUAUUAAGACAGCAACUGAACUGACUCAACAAAAUAAAGUACUGAUGCGAGAGCGUGAUAUUCUAUCUACUGAGAAUGAAGACGUGAUGAAAAGACUUGAAGAAGAGAACCAAUUAGUAGAGAAGUUGAAAGGUGAGGUUGAUCAGUUGCAAAGUGAGAAAAAAGACUCUGAGCACAAAUUGGAGUCGACUACCCAGGAGUCCUCUCAGAUAAAAGUGGAGCUAGAGGAACUGAAAGCAGAGGCAAGUAGCUUGAAAGAAAAACUAGCUGAGCGGGAACUAGAAAUCUUGUCCCUAAAGGAGAUGCACAAUGUACAUACCAGUGGAGCUUCAGAACAAAUGAAGGCAUUUGAGGAACAAACAAAUAGUUUGAUACUUGAUUUAGAGACAUUGAUGGGGGUAAAGAGAAAAAUGGAGGAGCAGUUUGAGAGUAAAGACGCAGAAGUUAGACGAUUGGCUAAAAUAGGUGAUGAAGCAUUAACUGAAAUCAAGGAAUUGCAAGAGCAGAUUAGCACAUUAGAACAUGAAUUGAAGAACUUGCGGAUUCAAGAACGAGAGAUGAAGUUGGAUCUUGAGAGAAAAGACGAGGAUAUUGCAGAGUAUCGGAUACAGAUAGAAGGUUUACAUGAGAAAUUGAAUAGCAGUGAUGCGCUUCUGAAACAAUUUUUUGAAGAAAAAGAAGCUUUGACAGCUCAGUUGAAGGACCGAGAUCGAGAAGUAAAAAUGCUUCACAGCCAUAAAACGGGACUAGAAGAGCAAUCAACGACAAGCAGCAGCGAGGCCGCUCAAUUAAAAGAAGAGGUAAAAAGGUUGCAAGAUAAGAUUCAAGAAUUGGAGAAGGUGUUACAAGAGGGAGAAGAAGAGUCAAUUGCUGUGCAGGAAAAACUCAAGGAUGAAGAGAAAGAAGCGUCUUUGAAGAUUAAAGCCUUAAUGGAUGAGAUCAGCGAUUUAAAACAGAAGUUGGAAGAAGUUCAAGCCAUUAAUAGCCAGUUGGAGGCUCAAAUUGAGGAGAAACAAGAAUAUAUAGCAGAUUUAAACCUGCUUGAAACUGAAAAUUCUGAAUUAAAAAACAAAAUAGAAGAUCAUCUCAGGAAAGUGAAAGAAUUAGAAGAUGAGCUGAGUAACAGGAAAGAGCAGUGUGAACAGCUCGAAACUUGUGUUCAAGAGACCGAGUCAGAGCUCCAAGGAGCAGAGAGGAAAGUCAAGGAGCUGAAAGAGGAAUUGGGCAUGAGUUUUGAAUCAAAAGAUGAGAAAAUUUUGGAGCUUGAGGUAUUAGUUGAAGACCUGAAAAGAGAUCUAGAGUUGGCUAUAGAUGAAGAAAAGACUGCCUGGGAGAAAACCCGCACAAUCGAAGUCCAGCUUCGCUUGGCAAACCAGAAGCUUCGGAUCACUGAACAACUACUUAUUGAGAAAGAAGAGGUAUUUAAGAUUGCAGAAAUGAAACAUCAAGAAGAAUGCUUAAAGCUAGAAAACAGAGCCACAAGGCUCUCUGAAGCACUUGCUGCUAAUAAGGAAGCUUAUUGUGGAAUGAUUAUGGACAUCUCAGAGAAUAUGAACAUAGAGCUAACAAACAUGGAGUCCGUCACAAAGAAGUUUGAGGAUGAUCACAAGAAAUUUGCAAACAUGAUCUUCAGAAUGUCGGAAGAGGUCCGAACUGUUAAGCACUGUGCAGUAGGGAUGAGUGUCGAGAGAGACCAGUUAAAAGAGCAGUUAAAGAACGAAAAAGAAGAGGGACUAAUGAUGAACAAUAAGAUAGGAAAACUGGAAGUCGAGCUUGACAAUGAGAAGGGAGAAAAGGAGAAGCUUUUUGCAGCAGUGAAUCAGUUGAAAAAGGCAACGGGAGAGAUGGAUGUCACACUGAAAGAGCGAGAUGAACAGAAACGGCAAGCCAUUAGGCAGCUGUGCUUGUGGUGCGACAACGUGCGAACCCAAUAUGAGGAACUCAAGAUGGCCGUCUCCAAGGCUAGUGCACAGAGAAGGCAGGGUAGAUAGAAUACCGUCUGGUAAAUUUUUGAUUUUAUUUUUCGUAUCAUCCAAUUAAUUUUGGCAUCGUGUAUUAUUCUUAAUGUUUUUGCCGUCGUGUGGUGUAAAAUAGGGUGUAUAUCCUUAUGUCUUGGCUUUUUUUUAUUUUCUAAAGUAGAGAUUUUAUUUGUUUUAUCAUCUAAUCUACAUAUGUGAAGUCCCUUUGUUUUUGAUCUGAAACAAAUUUCUUUUUUAGUUUCUUUAAUGAUUUGUUUAUCUGAUAUUUUGUUGCUCAAUUAAUGUUUGGAUCAUCCAAUAUAUACUUAUGUCUUGGCUUUUAA